UUCUGGCCCCGCCCCCGGGGAGUGCUGCCUGCUUUGGUUGCCUUGUUGUUGUCCUCCGCCUCUUUCGGCGCGUGCAGCCCCUUCUCUUUCUCUCUCGGUCUCUCCCCCGGAGCCAUGGCCGCCUCGCCGCUUCUCCUCCUCCCUCCUCGACGGCUCUGGGCCCCCUGCGCCCGCUUCUGCUCCGGAGCGGCCUCCGAGGCCCCCUCGGCCUCCCCGCCGCCGCCCCGCCCGCCCUACGGCAGCGGCCGCAAAGACCCCGCUUCCCGCGCCUACUCCAGCAGCGCCCCGGCCCCCUCAGGCGCGGAUAACAAGAGCUUCCUCUGGGCGCGCUAUGGGGAGAUGAAGCGCCUCGUGCAGGAUUUGCUCCCGCCAGGCGUCUGCAAUCUUCUGAACCCCUCGACCAUCUAUGCCAACAAUGAGAUCUCACUGAAUACUAUCGAAGUGUAUGGCUUUGAUUAUGACUACACUCUGGCAUUGUACUCUCCUGCCCUCCACUCCCGCAUCUAUAACACUGCCCGGGACAUCCUUGUGGAGCAGUAUAAGUAUCCAAAAGGCAUCUUGGAGUAUGAAUACUGGCCCACUUUUGCCAUUCGAGGUUUGCACUAUGACAUUGCUAAGGGCUUGCUCAUGAAGAUAGAUGCCUUUCACUACAUCCAACUGGGCACUGUGUACAGGGGCUUGAAACCUGUUCCAGAUGAUGAAGUGUUGGAGAUGUAUGAUGGUACCCAUCACAUCCCGCUGCAUCAGGCGAGUGGCUUCUAUGGAAAGGGUCCCGCCAUAAAGCAAUUUAUGGACAUUUUUUCUCUGCCUGAAAUGACCCUCCUGGCUGUAGCCAAUGAUUUCUUCAUCAGCAACGACAUUGAUUAUGAUCCAAUCCAUCUCUACAAAGAUGUGACGGAUGCCAUCCGGGAUGUUCACAUCAAAGGUUUUAUGUACAAGUGGAUUAUGCAAGAUUUGGAGAAGUACAUUCUGCGUGGGGAUGAGACCUAUGCUGUGCUGCACCGCCUGGCUAAAAGUGGCAAGAAGCUUUUCCUCAUCACCAACAGCCCUUUCAGCUUUGUGGAUAAAGGGAUGCGAUACAUGGUGGGUAAAGACUGGCGGGACUUCUUUGAUGUCGUCAUCGUCCAAGCGGACAAGCCUCAUUUCUUCAAUGAUUGUGUCAAACCUUUCCGGAGACUGGACAACAAUGGGGACUUGCAGUGGGACAAAAUAAAUAGGCUGGAGAAAGGGCAGGUAUAUAAACAGGGCAAUCUCUUUGAUUUCCUUCGGCUGACAGGCUGGCGUGGAUCCAAAGUCCUCUACUUUGGCGACCAUCUCUACAGUGAUUUGGCGGAUCUGAUGCUGCGGCAUGGCUGGAGGACAGGGGCCAUAGUUCCUGAGCUGGAAACGGAGACAAAAAUGGUGAACACCGAGCAGUACUCGCAAGCGCUCACAUGGCUGCAAGCCUUAACUGGAUUGUUGGAGCGCAUGCAGAUGUUCCAGGAUCAGGAAUCCCAGCAGGUACUGCAGGACUGGAUGAAGGAGAGGCAAGAACUCAGGGCACUCACCAAGAACCUCUUCAACCCUCAGUUUGGGAGCAUUUUCCGCACGUGUCACAACCCUACGUAUUUCUCCCGGCGCCUGUGUCGCUUUUCAGACAUCUACAUGGCCUCGCUCAGCUGCUUGCUUAACUACGACCUCAACUACACCUUUUACCCAAGACGUACCCCAUUGCAGCACGAGGCACCCUUAUGGAUGGACCAGCUCUGCACUGGCUGCAUGAAGACUCCUUUUCUGGAGGAGAUGGCGCACAUCCGCUAAGGACCUUGGGACGAGCGGAGGAUUGGCAGAGAGGUCAUGCCUUUCUGCCUCACACCUCCUAGGGGCUGUGAUGUAUGGACAGCGGCCUUUCAUGGCCAUUUUUCUUAAACUGGAUUACCUGUCCUCUGUGGUGCAUGUGUGUCAAAUUUACAAAACUAGAGUGCCUGCUAGGAAUUUCUCAACUGCUUUCCAAAUGUCUCAACGGAACACAGGUUGACAUAGGAAGUUCUUGGCUGGCCUACAGACCAAGAUCCAAGCAUCUUCUGUAUUGGGUUGUUGUGUGUUUUUCGGGCUGUAUGGCCAUGUUCCAGAAGUAUUCUCUCCUGACGUUUCGCCCACAUCUAUGGCAGACAUCCUCAGAGGUUGUGAGGUACCUCACAACCUCUGAGGAUGCCUGCCAUAGAUGUGGGCGAAACGUCAGGAAAGAAUACUUCUGGAAAAUUGCCAUACAGCCCAAAAAACACACAACAACCCUGUGAUUCCGGCCAUGAAAGCCUUCGACAACACAUCUUCUAUAUUCUUUCCAAGAGCUCCAUUAAGCUUGGGGUCACUGUGAAAUUGAUCUGUGGCCUCUCAGCAGGGAUUGGUCUGUCUUCUGUCCUCACCUUGGACCCUUUGUGUAUUUCACAGUCACAGGAAGUAGUCCCCUGCAUUGGACUUGUGUUCAUUUGUCUUGUGGUGGGGUGCAUCACCCUAACAGCACACAUUCAGCAUUGACUUGGCUUUGUCGCUCCAGCCAGCAGGCAUCUCAGCUACCCCUCUUCCCCCACAAGAUUUACAGGUGCUUUGUAUUGUUUGAAGUUUACAUCCCUCAACAUGUACUGUUGGAUUUUGGGUUUUUUUUCUCCCUUCUUCUUGCCUGCCACAGAAAAGUACAGGAUAGCUAUGGUGAAGGGAGUUUUGGGGAGGGAAUAUCUUGUCCCCCAGUGAAGUGGUAGGGACAAGAGGUGCUAUGGGGUGGGAACUGGGCCUUUAACUGAUAACUGGAAUUUUGUAAUUUUCAAUAAAGUCUUUGUGAAACAUU